AUGGCGGACGCUCUUUGUGGGCCUUCGAACGCCCUCCAGAAUUUCCAGAAGCAUACGGCCGUCGACCGGACUCUGCAGCAGGACCGUUUGACCCGCCGUCAUUCGCCUUCACAAGGCUUCAGAUCCUCCCCCGGGCCGACUGCAGGCGCUCUAGACCCCGAGUUCGAAGCCUUCCAAGCCGGACAUGUAGGGCCGCCUCAGUCUGACUUCCACCACCUUCCUCCUCACCUCGCUCGUCCUCCACCUCCGCCACAGUUCGCGCAAGCGCCCCAAGGCCCGGACUGGGCCUCGGAUUUUCAGCGCUUGCACAUCUCUCCCACGCAUACCCCGCCAAUACCGCAACAUGGUGCGCCAGUCGCAACUGCGGCAUCAGCAUGGCACCAGGACUUCGCGAGACAACAGGCACCCGCGAUGCAAACACCGACGUACCAACAGAAUACCUUUGGAGGCAUGUCGGGGUAUGGCAUAAGCGGAUACGCUGGCUCAACUUUCCAACGACCGGACUUUGGUGUCAUGAAUGGCAAUCCGGCGUCAGAGGUGGCACAAGGGAAACAGCGAGCGCUGGAAGCAGUGCCGCAAUUCGAUGAAGCGGCCUUCGAACAGGCUUUUGCGCAGGCUCACCAGGAUAUGCUCGAGGAGACAGCCGGCCAACAGGGGAAGCUGGAAGUUGAGCGGGGUAUGGGGGACGAUAUGGAGAGACUACGGCGUGCACAGCAAGAGAUGCAAGCUAGAGCGCAGACAGAGCAAGCCGCCGAGAUGGAUGGUCCUGAGCUGCUGCGCAUACGAGAACAGCGACCAGCGGUUUACGCCGCCCUCAAGAUACGAAGCGCAAUCGAUCUAGGGCAAUCUGUGGACACAUCACCGUUUUUCACCUUUUUGGAGAACAUGGAGCCCACAGGGAAACUGGUUGAGGAUGCCAGCGAAGCAAAAUGGGUCGUUGACGCGCUGCAGAGGAUAGUUGACCGCGGGGCUCCGCAAGAGAUUAAGACACGAGCCGAAAGGCUGAUUACUGAGAUUAAUGAGAGGCUCAUGUCGACGUAUCCGCUCCUUGCGUCUGGAGUACCCAUAAGUCGAAAGAACAUUUGGGAAGAGCUGGAGGCCGCGGGCUACACGAGGAGCCCAGCCUCAGAACUGCUUGAGCAGCAACCCGAGCAGAAGAGGGACGAGUCGCAACUAAAGAACGAUGACGACGAGAUGGCAGAGACAGCCGGCCGGUUACUAGAAAGAGUCGCCGAUAACACGAGCGAGAAGUUCCAAAACAGCCAGUUCCUCGAGCUCAUGCGGCGCCUACGCGACCGCGAAGUCCGUGUCGAGGGCGACAAGAUGGUCGAAGUCAGUGCUUCUUCCCUUUUACAGCAAGCAUCAGCAUCGGCUAUACCUGAAGUCGAUCCUCACAUUCUCGACCACGCUGCCACAGACUUUGGCAUGCCGGUCUUCUCAGAAGAAGGGGACCAGGAGUACGAUUUAUCACGCCACUCUACCAGCGAGCCUGUUACUGAUGAGAUUUCAGAUCAAUUUAGCUACUACAAUGUCCGCGCCAGCUAUCAUAGAUGA